CGACGCUGGUUGGCCAGCACACACUAUGGGUUAACCGAUUUUCAUGUAUACCACUGUGACAUAACUUCUGAUGGGCGUGGGAUGGCGCCCUGGUCAGGGUUCUCCCUUGAUUCCUGCAUAUGAAAUGUUAUUUUCAUCAUGGAAUAUAGAUAUGGGCGUAGCGCUCGUUGUGCUACUCGAGUCUCACAGUACUAUCGAUAAGGCCCUUGAUUCGUCUCCAUCGGCCACUGCAUCAUGCAGAUGUUCAUCCCCACUGUAUUAUCGGCCCUCGAGACCCUAUUGAAGGGCCCAACUCGGUUACUAUGGAAAGUAAUCUCUAUAUUUUUUGGCAGCGGAAAGUCCCCGCCGCCACCGCCGAUACCAUCCUUGGCUUUAUGUUCGCUAUCUGAUUCACCAUACGAAUGUGCUCACUCGCAGCAUCAAAGAUCAUGUGAAUGCACCCACUCGCAGCAGCAAAGAUUAACUUACCACCUGUACCCGCCACCGCGUCCAGCAGCCAAAUACUCUCAAUCCCCUUCCGCCCAUCAACCACCUUCGCGGCACACACCCUAUCAGCCUCGACCAAGCGUACGAUUACCUGCUGUCAGAGUGCCGCAGGUACCUGCAGUGAUUGAACCCCGUGAACGUCCUACUGCAAGAGCGCCACAGGUAUCUGUAGUACCCGUAGUGAAUGACCCCCAUGAACGUCGUGCUGCAAGAGCGCCACAGGUACCUGUAGCGCCCAUAGUGAUUGACCCACAUGAGCGUCCUGCUACCAGAGCGCCGGAGGUAUCUGUAGCGCGUGUAGUAAUUGACCCCUACGAAGACCAUAAGUCCCUUCGUUCCAAGGCCAUACAGGAGGGAGAUCAUAUGAGGAAAUGCUUCAAGGAGAGGGACGAAGCGAAAGCUAGGAAUGAGCGACAGCGCGCUAAAGAGCUUACCCAGAGGGGAAAGGCACACGAGGUAAACAUGAUACUCCUCAACAAGGAAGCCAGCGCGAAGAUAUUCCAAGAGAAUAACCAAAACCGCAGAAAUGAAGUCGACCUCCACGGACUCCACGUCCCGGAAGCCCUAUCCUAUUUCGAUAUCUCUGUUCAAAAAGCUCGGGACCUUGAAGAAUCGUCACUUUGUGUGAUCGUAGGAAAGGGAAAUCACUCCGAUAACAACGCCCCGAAAAUCAAACCUGCAAUCCAGGCUCGUGGGGAAAGUUUGGGAUUGUCGAUUGAAGUGGACCCUCGCAAUGAUGGCCGCCUUAUUGUGAGUUUUAGGUAAACCCACUGAAUGCCAAUUUUCUCGUGAUGUCCAUGUGCCUUGCAACUUGCACGUGUAAAGUAAAUUAUUGCUUAAAUGU